CGAUCACGUGACGCAUUUCCGACACAACAACAGCACCGUGUCCGUCUGCAAUCUCCCUCCCCUCCUCAUCCACCUCACGCCUCGCUCUCGGUAUGGCGGACGGCGAGAGGUCCCCGCUACUCUCGGACCAGGGAGAUGCUGCUCUCGGCAGCGGGAACGGCGGCUUGUCCCCCGGUGCGGCGACCUACAGUGUACCGAACAAACCCAACAAACCGGAGGGCUUCCCUCCGUUCCCCAGCCCCUCUCAGCCUUCGGUGCUCCUGGGGGAGGACCCGCCGCCCUACUCCCCGCUCACCUCCCCGGAGAGCGGCAGUGCCCCUGUUAUUAGCUGCAGGGUGUGUCAGAGCCUGAUCUCAGUGGAGGGCAAGAUCCACCAGCACGUGGUGAAGUGUGGGGUUUGCAACGAAGCAACGCCCAUUAAGAAUGCGCCGGCGGGGAAGAAGUACGUUCGCUGCCCCUGCAACUGUCUGCUCAUCUGCAAAGUCACUUCUCAGAGGAUCGCCUGUCCCCGACCAUAUUGUAAGAGGAUAAUAAAUCUGGGUCCAGUCCAUCCUGGUCCGGCCAGUCCUGAACCCCAGCCAGCUGGAGCUCGCGUCUCCUGUGGACACUGCAGCAACACCUUCCUGUGGACAGAGUUCACGGACCGGACGCUGGCCAGGUGCCCACACUGCAGGAAAGUCUCCUCCAUUGGUCAGCGGUAUCCCAGGAGGCGGAGCUUGUGGUGUUUUCUACUCUGCUUGCUAUUCAGCGUUUCCACCGCCGGGCUGAUGGCCGGGACGUGGGUGAAGGCCCAGACCUACCAGGGGAUCUACGCCUCGUGGGCCGUGCUGCUGCUCCUGGUUCUCGUUACCCUGGCUCGGGCCUUCUACUGGGCCUGCAUGAGGGUCAGCCAGCCCCUCCAGAACUUCACAUAGAGAGGAGGGGGGGGGUGGGGGUGGAGGCUGCUGGCGGCGGCGGCGGCGGCGGCGGUGGCGGCGGUGGCGGUGGCGAGGGGGGGGAGGGACGACUCACUUCCAACAACCCAAGUCAGGAGGAAAGAUGGCUUUAAAGAAAAGAGAGAGGAAAAAAAAAAAAAACACAACGCAAUAUUUAUUUAAAUCAGCUCCAUAAGGAAAAAAAAAGUCCUCCUCCUCCUCCUCCUCCUCCUCCUCCUUUUGUCCCGUUCCUUUUAGUCAAAUGUGUUUCUAAAAAAAAACAAAAAAAAAAACUGGAUGGUGGUGGCUGCGACUGCUCUAUAUCUAUCGGUAAUUAUGAUGACGCGUAUAGCCUAAUGUACUGUUUAUCUAUUCUAAUCUCGUGGCCAGUGUGGGGUUUUCAUUUUAACAUUUUUUAACCUCCUCUUCUCUCCUCCCGCCGCUGUUGAUCAUUUUUUCGGCUUCAAGUCUGUUCCCCUCUCGUUGUCGAGGGGCUCAGAGCUCCUUCUUAGGUGUGAAUACUGUCCCUGUCACGGUUUUCUGAGGAACCCCUCCCUCUUUUUUCCCCUAACGCGACGUAAGCAUCAUUUUCAGCAUUAAACUUUUAGAAACGAACAAAAAACAAAACGAAACAAAAGAAGUCAGAUGAAGCUAACCAAUCGAUGCCAGCAGAAGACCACGUGGCUGGAGGGACGGCGGCCUCCCCCUGUGAAUCAAAAAGACCAAGUAGGUGUUGAAAUGUGUCGGGAAAAUUGAGAGCGCAGGUCGGCUGUGAUGUUUCUGAAGUCGGUGUUCAUGCUGAAUUUAUCUACUGACUUUAAUCCAAAGCAGCUUGAAAGCCUUAAAAAACAAACAAAAAAACAACAAAAAUAAAGAAAAACACACAUUCGUUCAUACUUCCGCAGCCACAUGAACACACACACACACUGUAGCGCGACAGCAACAGGCUACGUGCUCAGAGCGCGGUUAUUCAAAGGCGUCCCAGCCUCCGUCCUCAAAGACUCACCUGAGUCUCUCGUCUGUCCUCGUUUCGGUCGAAGGAAGAAGAAGAAGUAGAAGAAGUGACGCGAAACCACUUCACGUGAAAGCCUCAUAUUUUGUUGCGGCCUGAUAAAUGUGUAACCACACUUUUUUUUUUUGUUAAUAAAGUCCUGGCUGUGUUUAAAUGCCAUAUCUCCAGCGAACGUAUCAUUAACGGCGCAGCUCGGCGAAACGCGUCUGUUGUGAAAGACGCGACGGAAUAUAAAACGCGACGUUCUGAACGCCGUUCCUGCCUCUGGGUCUCCAGGGGUUUGGCUUUUUGUUGUCGGCUGUGUGUUAUCAGACUAACAAAAUGCUACGCUGCGUUUGUCUCGGCGCGGGGGGAAUCAGAUCAGAGACGAGUCGUACAGAAGCUCUGGAGAUUCUGCAUCUGAGCGGUUGAAUUUUUAGGGACGGAGGCUGGUUUGGUGAUCGUCGUCGAGCUACGUUUGUGCUUCCGCGUCUGAUCUUUGACGUUAGCGGGACGUGGCUCCUGGACCCAAAUACUUGCUACGUGCUACCAAAAUGAUUUUCCUAGCUUCUCCCUUCCCAAAAAAACAAAAAAAGAAAAGAAAACCAUCUAAUUGGUCUUGUUUUUUCUUUCAUACGUCGCAGCGUUGUUCAGCAUUUAUUAGCUCCAGUUGUUAGCCGCCAUUCUUUGAAGUGCAGAAAGGAUCAUUCCACUAAAACGCAAAGCGGCGACUGGUCGGCCGCGUUGCGUUUACGUCACAAGCGAGUGGAAAUGACCUGAAGCUAAUAAAUGUUGUCCUUCUUCUUCUCUGGCUGCUGAGACACGUGAACCCUGCAUUUGAAAAACCGAUCACGUCGUUGCUUUUUUUCCGUGGAGAUGCUCGUCAGGCUACGCCAUCAACACGACUACAAAUUAAACUCGAGGCCGGCGGAAGAUACAAACACACACACUGUCCCGUAACCCGUCUGUGGUGGUUCUGAAUGUGGUAGCAAUUAUUAUUUUUGUUUUUCUGUUCAUCUUUUUUUUUUUUUUUUUCUGUAAAUAUAUUUGUUGUUCGUGUACAAUGGAAGUGACUAAAAUUAUUUUGCACUCCGAGCUUAACACUACUGCUGUGAUCGACGUUUUAUUCGUUGUUUUUAAGAAGGUUAUUUUUUUGCAGCUCUUCACCUGUUGAUUAACUUAACUAACCCAGUUACGCCUCCGGGACGCCAGGUCGUGUCUGAACCUUAAUCACACACACACACACACACACACAAACAUCAAUGAAACUUGACAACUGAAUCACAUUCCCAAGCGAACAACGCAAACACGCAACCAGCACCUUAUACAGUAGUGAGAAAACACCGCAUACACCAAGUAAAGAUGAUAUGAAGUUAAGACGGUGCAUAUGGAUGUGUCAUGUUAUUUAUUAUACACACUGCAGAGUAGGGUCACCUGAACAGUUUUACCGUCUUACAAUCUUAUUUAUUGUGGAGGAAGAUUAUUCCAUCGUGUCGCUCCAAGGGCAUUUCUUUAUUCCUUUUCCUUUCACUACAACAACCUGCCAGUUGCAAACUAUGGUCAGUGGGAAUAAAAGUAGAAUAAAAUGAGAUUAUAGGACAGGAUUCGACAUGAAGUGACUUGUUUAAGGGGAGCCCUUUUUUUUUUUUUUUUUUUUUUUUUUUUUGCAGUGGAGUGAUCAUGUUUUAUCCAUGACUGCAAAGAAUUUAAUCAUGUUUAACGCCAAUAAUCGAGAACCUGGCUGAUGCUCUUUUCAGAGUUUGUUUACACUCAAAUAAAGACAUGAUGAUGUACAAAACAA